AAACUUCCUUGUCGCCGCUUGUAUGUUGCUGUUUUUGCAGACUGUAUCACGAACAUUAUUACAUAUACUGUUUUCUUCCGUAUAUGUGUACAUUUUCCUGCAAUAAGUAAGGAGUAAACUCCAAUAGGGGCGAACAAUGUCGUUCAUGCGCUAUAUGUACAGUCUGGUUGUAGUUGUCUACAUUUUAGCCCAUAUCGGGUAUCUGGAGGCCACAGCUGGUAUGCGUAUCACAGUCGCAGAAACAACUUUAAAGAUGGUUAACGAAGCCGAAAUAAAUGAACUGCAGCGCGACUUAAACGGUAAACGAUUUGAUGGACUCCGCGAUUCUGAAGGCUCGUGGAGGCUCUCAAACAUUCAUGUCCAGUACCUUGGAACUAUGACAUCUGGUAUCAACUUACUAAGUAACGGUCAAAUCAGAUGGACGUGUGAUAUUAGCUCUAUAACGGUGGAAGCAGACUGGUGGGGACGGUUGAGUGGUUUGCUCAGCUUUAUCUCCGCAGGUGGUUCUUUGGAAGCAAAGGCGAGACGUACAUCACUCAGCAUCUCUUUGACUCUAACAGAAAACUCUGGCGGGCUUGGAAUAAGCCUAAGCAUUUGUUCCGCGAGUGUCGGCAGCUUCAACCUCAAUUUUUCUGAUAAUUUAUUCAGUUGGCUGUUCAAUAUAAUCUCGAGCGUUUUUCAGCACGACAUCAAAAGAACACUAGAAGACUCUAUAUGUGACUUUGUGAGGAAAGGGAUGAACAAUAUAACCGCGGACAUGAGGAAUAUUAAUACCUCGUUUCCGAUUGAGAUCAUAGGAAUUCCGUUGACGCUUAACAACUCCUUCACUCAAGUCACGGUCAACAGUAAUACCAUUUCUACGUAUCAUAAGGCAUCACUUCGCUGGAAUGGACUUGCAUUCUACUCAGCUGAUACGACUGUACUUCCAGCUACACGUCCAUCACAUGGUAUCGCUUUUGAUUUGAGGGAAGAUGUUGUUAACAAUCUAUUACGAGUCUAUGCGGAGAGCGGCCAUCUCGAUGGCAGUUUUAAUUACUCAAGGGUUGUUCAGAAAGGUUUGGACGAAUUCCGCCUCACAUGUAAGGAAGGACCCCCUGGUAUUUGUUUUGGUAGUAUCAUUCGUCAGGUCGCCGAAGAGUAUCCGGACAGAGUUUUAGGAAUGCAGUGGAAAGUGCACUCGGCUAACUUGAACAUCCAGAAUGGUCAAAUCAAGGCCGAGCUGACAGGCAGAGUAAACUGCAGUGCUGACAGUGCUAACGAAAGUUUACCAUUAUUUUCAGCUCAAGUGGAACUUGUCGUUGCUUAUGAACUGAAGUUUUCUGCCGGGGAACUGUCAGCUAGAUCGGUAGCUUGGGGGGGACAUGCAAAUAUUGACAGAUCAAACAUUGGAAAGAUUCUGAUUCCGUCAGUUCAAGCUGCCACCAAUGUUUUCAUUUUACCUGCACUGCAAAAAGACAUAUUGGAUAUGAUAAAUGAGUGCAAUUCCAGUUACAAAUUCGAAUUACCUAAAAACGUGUUUAUCAAAGAAAGUGGAUUGAGCCUGUAUGAGGGCGUUGUUCGAGUUGAGGCUGACCUGUGUUAUAAAACAACUUCUUGCCGGUCUGCACCAAACAAUGAGUGGGUUGGAAACAAAGAUAUCCCAAAGUUCACCGUCGAUGACAUAAUACCAACCCACAACGACGACGACAACAACAACAACGACACCGCCAUCAUCAACAACAGCAUCUUUGUCUGACGUCAGCGGUCACGUCAGUGGUCAAGCUUCAGUUGUAUUUUCAGUUGUGAACAUGUUUGGUUGUUUUUCAAUAUUUGGUGCAAUCAUAAUGUAAACAGUUGUGACACUUUUUAAACAUUUUAAGCAAUUUAAAUUGCUUUUGUAAAACUCAAGGUUAUUAAGUCUUUCUGUAAACAAUUGCAGACUCUUUACAUCUUUACAUCUUCAGCAAUUUUAUUGCAGAAACUGUGAUAGUCUAAACGGCUGUUACACACUUUACUUCUUUAGAGGUUUAUUAAACUAAAAGUGCUUUACGUUCUUUACUUCUUCGGCAAGUUUUCUUGCAGUAAUUUUCUAAACAGUUCUGACGCUUUUUUUGUAAUAUAUGAUGCCUGGAUUUGAGAUGUUAAUUUACUUUUUCCAUUGUGGUACAGGUAUCGUGAAUUCAAGAUAUUCAUUUACUAACAUGUGAUUCAUUAAUGACCUCGUUUUAUUGUUGUAUACAGUUGUUUCUUUGGAAAAAAUAAUUUACUAAUGUGUCAUCCAUAAAAUUGCCUCAGUUUGAUCAUUUACCUAGCUCUGUCAAUUAUUUUAAGUACAUAUAUUUUCAAAUAUUACAUAUUUUCCCUUU